AUGAAGGGGAAGAAGAGGCUUAUGAGUGAGCCAGAGAUUGUGGAGGUACACUCCACCCCACGCAAACAUGGAAGACCCCGCAAGAUUACUGCUACACCUACCCCAUCAAAAGGGAAAAAGAGAACAAUCAAUGAGGUCGCUGCAUCUGAUUCAGAGGCAUCUUUCAUUGCAAGCCCCAUACAUGACAGUCCAAAGAAACCUAGGGUAGCCCCUUCUAUGACUAAGAAUCCUCCUGCCACUCCUUCCAAAAACACUCCAGCUAAGGCCAAGGUGGCUAACAAGACAAAGACUUCUCCCACCAAGGCCAAGACAACUCCAGCUGCGAGUAACAAGGCGACCUCUCCUAGUAAAGUGGCUUCCACUAAAAAGAGUGAAGUCACUGCUUCUAACAAUGAUAAUGAACUGGAAUCUGUAGUCAGUGACAAUGACCCAAGCAAAUCCGGUCAUGAUUCUCCAACACCAACAGGAAAAAAGUCGUCAAGUGAUCUUCGACACUUCUGUGUAUGUUUUGAAGUUAUUCAGUGCCCAUGUUCAAUUUUAAUCAGGUUGAAGACAAAAGCGAGCAUUGAAAAGUCGAAGAAAAAGAAAACUGCUCCAGAUGUCUUUGACAAGGAUGAGGUCAUGUCCGAUGGUGACAAGACAGAUGGCGGUGAAAAGACUGUUUAUUUAGAAGACAUUGAUUGUGAUCCUUCCCCUAGGCAAUUAUUUCUAUUCUUUUACUUGAACUUACCCAAGUUAUCUGAAGUUGUCUAA